AUGCCUCAAAAUGAAGUAGUUAUCGUGCGCUACGGCCCAUAUAAAUCGUGUGGAAUCGUGGACCACAGAACGUUUCGUCUGAUUGGCCUCCAAGCUGCAUUGGAAGAGUAUGGACAUCAAAGUGUUAUGGAGAAAAUGUCUGAUUGGAACAAGGUGGAACUUGUGGUCAAUGGAGAAUGUGUCUAUACAUGCAGCAUAAAACAGCUGGAGUUUGGGGGAGAUGAGAAACUGGGCCCCCUAUCCAAGGAGGCCAUCACUACUGUGCAGAAUGCAUACUGA